AUGCUGAGAGCUGCAGCAGUAAAUAUAUGGAGAUACAUAAUCUCAGCUCUGUCUGGUAGACUUAAAGAUUUCGAACUUUUUCAAAAUCGUCAACAAAGAAGUCAUCAUCUGAUUUCUGUUAACUAUACUGGUCUAUCAUUGAAGACUCAAGAACUUACAGUGAUAUUCUUAAUCAUAAGAAUUAUAAGCCAUUUUACGCUAGUACGCAAUAUAAAUAUUGUACUUGAUACUAUAACUCUUGGAUCUACUAUGUGGGUGAUCUAUAUGAUGCGUUAUAAAUUAAAGUACACCUACAUGCAAGGCCUUGACAACUUCAGUUUGUAUUAUGUGUUGGUGCCUUGUGCUGCUGUAGCGGUGAUAGGCCAUCCUGCAUGGCAAAUCAACUUUUUCAGGGAGCAAUUUCAAUUUGUGAGGAGAUUCUUCUAUGUGUAUGGCUUGACAAUUGAAGCCGUUUCUGUGCUCCCUCAGCUUCAUUUGAUACAAAAGGCCAAGAUGGUUGAACCAUUUACUGGCCAUUAUGUGUUUGCUUUGGGUGUGGCAAGAUUCUUCUCUUUCGCUAAUUGGAUUAUUAUGCUUACUGACACCAAGGGAUCGCUCCUAACACAAAUAGGGAGGGGACGUCUAUAUUUACUAGUGGCUCCUCUUGCUGAGCUAGUUCAAACUUUCAUCUUGGCAGACUUUUGUUAUUACUACGUCAAGAGUGUGAUGGAGGGACGACGCUUGAUGAGGCUACCUUCACUUGUCUCAGUUGUGUGAUAUUUGGAUAUGAUGAUGAGAGAUGUACAGAGCAUCAAUAUCAUCCAUUUAUGUAAAGUACACCUAACAUAAGCUGCUUAAUUUGUGUGCUAAAAAAAAGUAUUCUCAUAAGCUUCUCUAUAUCAUGGUCUCAAUUUUAUUUAUUUAUUUUUUUUUUACAAGAAGAACUAAAAAACAAAAUAAGAAGUUAAAAAGAAAAAUAUAUAACACGUCUUAUUGUUGUGGCCAAUCAAAGAGUCGGGUUAACCCAAGAACUUAACGAGGAUCUUUCUAAUUCUACACACAAAAAGCCGCAAAAUAAUAGACUGGAUAUCAUGGUCUCAAUAUUAUUUCGUAUACUCGUAUAUUUUUAUGAAGUACAGGGUGAACUUGUUAGGUAGAAACCGGUGUUUUUUUUUUUUAGUAUAUACAUAUUGAGAUAUGAAAUUUUGAAAAGCUAAAAUGUAGUACAAGAUAUUAGAAAUGGUGACACAAAUAUAAUUUCCCAUGAUUUCCUUAAAUAAAUUUUGAGAAGCAUUUA